GAGGAAAAUAUUUGACAUUUCUCCAUUUGUAAAAACUAAAACUUCUGACAAGUUUGUUAUUCUGUUUCAAGCUCUGUUCGCCUGAUAUGCCUAAAUAAUGUGUUUUAUUCUCUUUGAUUAAAGGUAAAAAAGAUUGGAUUUGUGUGGACUCAAAUUGUGUUUCAUGAAAACAAUGUGGGUCCUUGGGAAGAUUAGAGAGAGCGUCGAGAGCAUUCCCCAAGAGGUCAGUCGUUACUUGGGAAAGAGUGAGGAAGAUGUCUUUAUCUCUUGCAAGACCAGCCUCUCUCACAAUCUGCACAACAACAUCCUCACCCCAGACAAGAUCCCAGAGUUCUGCCUGCCCCCGCGGCUCUGCAGGAGAAGCCCUCGGCUGGAAGCAGACACAACCCCACCUCGCCAGCACAGAGAGAACCAGAGAGCCAAGAGCAGCACUUCUUCAAACACUACACAUGUAAAGAUGAAGGAUGCAAAGACAAGGAAUGCUGACGCCUCAUUGGCUUGGGAGGCGACAAAGAAACCUUUGCCGUUCUCUGCAGAGGGGUAUGGGCUGGCUGGGAUGUAUGAGAGUCCCAACACUCGGAGGAAAGAGUCUUUGUUCCACUCAAAGUUCCCCGUUUACAUACUUGACAGAAGCAUUCCUACUGCAGCACCCAGGCUGGCAAAGGAGACAAACCUGUCCACGAAAAUGCUAUCUAAGUUUUUCCCCAAGUUUUCAUGCAGGAGUUUGUCAGGGACAGGAAGCAGAGAAAGUGAAACACCUUCUUCCAGUGACUCUUCGCCCCUAAGUUCCCCUUAUAGUGCUAGAUCCUCCUUCUACAUCCCAUCGGGCAGUGGUCGUCUUACAGGGGCAACAUCCUAUCCUUUGCUAAGUGACAACAGCGAGGAAAGAAGGAAGUUGAAGAGAGGGCUUUUAAGUUUACAAACCUCUCCCAGUAGCCCUCCCAGCUCAGUGGGAAACGCACUCACCCUAGCCCCACCUGUCCUCUUCCCACUGGAUGUUCUGCAGUGCCAAGAGAGACUUCAACGUGAGCACGUCCUCCCUUUACAGGGCAGUGGCAAAGUGCGCCUCUCCGCUGAGAGCCGCACAUUCUCCACCAACACGUUCCCAUCCCUUUCCACAGUCAGAGUUCGCGUGGUGUCUGUGGAAGGCUUACGGCACGACACUAACCGACAAACUCUGAACUGUGCAGUGAAUCUGUGUCUGACACCGGGGAAGCAGCAGCAGCAGAAGAGCGCCACCAUCAGGAACUGCAGCAACCCUGUGUUUAAUGAGGAUUUCUUCUUCACAGAGCUGAGUCAGGAGGAUCUGCUGGAACUGCAGCUGAGAUUAAAAGUGGUGGAUAAAGCUGCAGCAGGAACACUGAGGAGGGGGACAGUGAUGGGGGUGAUCACCAAACCACUGUCUCAGUUACUUCCUCUUAAUAACUGGGUGCAAGAAUAGACAUUUCCCUUUCAACACUUCGAUAACCAUUUUGUGUAAUAGUGAAAGCCUUCUUCAGUACUGCUUCUACUUUUCAAAUUUUUAUAAUAUUACUAGACUAAAAUAUGAAUCGCUGGUUUUAUCUGACUUAAUAGGCUUAUGACAGAAAUCACACAUCUCCUUUAAAAAUAAGAUACAGAAAAAGUAUAUUUUUUGUAACGGAAAAAGUCAUUUUUCCUUAGUCGAUCCACAAACGAAAACUGGAAAAUUAUUUUCUCAUCGUGCAAGUAGUCUACGGGCCAGUUGUUUUAGUUUAUUUUGUAAACUGCUACUUGGAACAGCUGAUUUGCAGUAGAUAGUGUAGGUCCAGGUGUGCCAUUAAAAAAGUUAACAUUAUUUGUCAGGGGGACACUUUGCAAAUGUUACUGAUCCUACACAGGCCUAAUGCAUGAAUAUAUAAAAAAUAUACCAGAUGAGGCAAACAUGGUGUACCAGGCUGUCAAGUUUAUUUUUCCUAAUGAUAGCCUUUUCUUAAAACGUUCGAUCUUUGUCUGAGUAGUUACAUAAGAUAAUGAUCCUUUACUCGUCCCACGACGGGGAAUUUUGAAGGUGGCUUCAUGCAUGAAAUUAAUAAAGGUCAUAGCUGUGUUUGGAUAUUAUCAGCGCCGUGGAAUGAGAGUCGUGACAACGGAAGUCCAAAAUGGUUGCACAUCACGUGACUCACGUAGACUUCAGAUAAUUCCCGGAAGUUCUUGUCGCACAAUUUAAAUCCAUUAUUCAGAGCGACAGAAACGUAAUUUUUGGUAAUUAGUAGUCAAUAAAUGUAUUGAUUUACAAUAAAGCAGACCGACAUGCCUAUGUAGUUACUCUAUGUAGAUAGUCAAUAAGUUUUCUUAGAUCAUAAAUAAUCAUAAAUAAAAAUACACUAACAUGCUUUAAAGCGCAUUUAUAUUUGAUUCAGAUGUGCUGAUGAUGUACAAUCUGAUCAU